UAAUCUGCCUCUGGCUGCCAUUCAUGAGGCCUUUGAUGGCUUGCCAAAACUCAGUAAAUGGCUCUCCACCCAAAAUAAUUGCCGACCCCUGCAUUAGCAGCACCUUGAGCAGGCAGGUGGUUUUUCUCUUCCUCCCUCAUGCUUCACUGUGCAGGGUAGGAUACAUCCUGUCCAGCUUCUUCAUGGCCUGUAGGUCCAUCCUUUUGACAUAGGGCUAGUCUUCACACUUUGAUUGACAAAAUUUUAAUAUAAUAAAAGUCUGCUAUGUACAGAGCGCAACACAAAUCCCCCAACCUGUGGUUGACCAGCAUUCAAAGCUAGUGACACUAAUCCCAGGAUAAGUGGGAGAGCUGUAUACUCACCAUGAGUUGAGUUCAGUUUCACCACAGGGAACUUCCCCACUAAAAAUACAGGAGAGCUGCAUGGGGGUUGGACUAAACGACCUCCAAAGGUCCCUCCCAACCCUAGUUUUCUAUGAUUCUACAGAGGGAAAGAAAAAAUGACCCCCUGAUUUAAGCUAGUCCCAAAAUAACAGCCUAUCAGAAACCAGGAGAAGGAAGAUGCAUCUGUGAUUCAGACCAAAAGCUUAGGAUUUUGGGUGUUCACGUAAGGACCCAAGUUCUAGAACACUUGUACACAGAGAGAGUUGAAACCUACAUUGCUCUAAAUUGCCAGUACAAUGCUGCAGACCCAGGCAGCCAUGUGGUAGCACUGAGCAGGGCAGACCAUGGCUUUAAGUAGAAGACUUAACACACCAGGAUCUGCUUUGAAGUACUGAGAAAAAGAGACUGGAAAGGAGCAGAGAUCUGGUAUAAGACAGCCCCUGCAGCUGCAUCUCAUUGUCACCAAUCAAGGCUGUUUCCUCAUGUGGCUGAAUUUCCCUUCACUUCCCUGGGUUGAAUGGGAUAGGAAGCACCCAAAUCAUUGCUGCAUGUUCCCAAAUCCUCUUGGCACUUUGAAUUCUGCAGAGAUUUCUCAGUCUUAGGGUCAAGAAGCUUUGGUGUGAACUUAGAGAAAAAGGAACAAAUUCCUAGAUUUCCCCCAGUUGCAUCCUAGCUCCUCCCCUAUGGAGUAAUUUCUGAUUCUUGCACAGGAAGGGUCACACCUGGGCCUUAGGCAGGGGCGGGGACUCAAGUUCAGUUCCUACCAGUGAGAAAAGGACCAGGAAGGGAAAGGCCCCUUCUUACUCCAGUGCACAGAAAAACAAAACUAUUCCCUACUUGCCAGCUGCUGGGAGCCAUGGCUGCAGAGACCCUGGCAGCAAAUCUGCAAGAUGAACUUUCCUGUUCCAUCUGUCUGGAUCUUUUCAAAGACCCGGUGUCUAUCCAUUGUGGGCACAAUUUUUGCAGAGCCUGCAUUGUCCAGUGCUGGGAGGGAUCAGACACCAUCUUCUUUUGCCCUCAGUGCAGAGAAGCUGCCCCAAAAACAAACUUCAGGCCCAACCGGGAGCUGGCAAGAGUGGCAGAAAUUGCCAAACAGCUGAGUUCCCAGCCAGCAAAAGGAGCAGGAGGUGGGGAGGCACUGUGUACAAAACAUGGGGAACCCCUGAAACUCUUCUGUGAGGAGGAUCAAGCUCCAAUCUGCGUGGUGUGCGAUCGAUCUAAGACUCACCGAGCUCACAAUGUGGUUCCUAUUGAGGAGGCUGCGCAGGAGUACAUGGAACAAGUGCAGGACCGACUGCAGACUCUGAAGGAAGAGAGAGAGAAACUCCUGCGGAUUCAAGCAUCAACAGAAGGGAAGUUCUGGAGGUACCUGGAGAAGAUAGAAACUCAGAAGAAGAGAAUUGCAUCCAAAUUUGAGGCUUUUCACAAGUUUCUGCAGGAACAAGAGCAGUUCCUACUGGCCCAACUAACAGAGCUGGACAAGGAGCUUCAGAAACUGCAGAAAGAAAAUGUCACCAAACUCUCCAAGGAGAUUUCCCACCUCAAUAACCUGAUCAAGGAGGUGGAGCAGAAAUGCCAGCACCCAGCAAGUGAAUUUCUGCAGGACAUCAGAAACACCUUGAGCAGGUGUGAGAAGGGGAAAAUUCAGCAGCCAGUGGAAGUUUCUCCUGAAUUCGAACGCAGACUCCAGAAACUGUCUCAGAGAGAGGUGGUUGGAAACAAGGCUCUGAGAAUCAUGCAAGAUGUUUUGAUGAACAAGCAGCAGAAAGCAGUGAAAGUGACUCUUAAUCCAGACACUGCUCACUCUCACCUCGUCAUUUCUGAAGAUCGGAAAAACGUGAGAUGGGCAGUCGCACGGCAUCAUCUCCCUGACACCCCCCAGAGAUUCGACUCUGUGCCCUGCGUGCUGGGCCAUGAAGGAUUUGCCACUGGGAGACAUUACUGGGAGGUGGAGGUGGGGGCGGGAAGUAUCUGGGCUUUGGGGGUUGCCAGAGAGUCUUUGAGGAGGAAGGGCUGGAUCAGUCUUAACCCUGAUGAUGGAAUCUGGGCCGUGCAGAGAUCGCUGGAUCAGCUCAGGGCUCUCACUGCCCCUGAUUCAACCCUCCUGUCCCUGCGCUGCAUCCCCAAGAGGAUCCGGGUGUAUCUCAACAGUGAAGAGGGGCAGGUGGCAUUUUUUGAUGCUGAUACCAAGGCCUGGAUCUUCUCUUUUCCCCCUGCCUCAUUCACUGGGGAGAGAAUGCUCCCCUGGUUCUGGGUUGGGGGAUCCUGGCUCAGACUCCACCCCUGAGCGAUCAACUGUCUUCAGUGCCCAGGUAAUGAGAUUUUUAUAUUUUCUGUCCUUUCCAUUUGUGACUUGGGAGAGCCUCUGUUCAUCAUCAGAUUUCUUAUCUAAUCUGUGGUUCCCUGCUCUAUCACCCUGGAGGCUAAAUUCUUGCAAUGGCUCCUCACCAUUACAUCACAAAGAGCAGGCAAGAUAUUCAGAAUUGCCUCGCGUGGUCUUGGGCGUGCUUGUUUUCCAUCCCCUCUGUGGUCCUGGAAGGCUGCAGUUCUGUUGAGCCCAAUGAGGAGACUUUGGGAGAAGAGGAUAUUUGGGAAGCAGGGGCAGAGAUGGAGGGUGCAGAGCGAUAGAGAAAAGCUAUGGAACAGAAGAAAUGAGCAGUAGGGCAGUCUGUCGUGAUCCUUGGAAAUGAUGACGUGAAAGUAUGAUUUAGCACAAUUUUUGAGUUCGUCAUUUGAUCCUGAAUGGUGCAACUGUGUCCAUGCUUUAAACAUGAAUCUUUAGCUCAACUUACGCUACUUUAUUUAUUUAUUUAUUUAUUUUAAGAGUCCUCCCAUGUUUUUGUGGGAGCCUCAGUUUAUGGUUAUUAAAGUAUGAAGUUUUAUAAUCGA